AUGAGUUUCAAGUGCAGUACUUGCUCGGCUCGAUUUCGGCGCGACGACCAUCUGCGUCGCCACCAAUUGAGCCAUUCUGAGCCACGCUACUCAUGUGCCGCCCCUGAAUGUGGCAUGCAGUUUCAUCGCCGCGAUGCAGCGAAACGCCAUGAAAAAGUGCAUCAGUCCGAUGGAUUAAAAAAGAGGAGAAAACCGCGUCGAGGCGCAUUCCCUUGUGCUAGGAUCCCAAAGCAAGGUCUCGGUCUCGGCACGCCCAGCACUUGCCACGACCAUGUAUCCACCGCAAGCAACUCGGAGACAGAACCUCUUUCCAGUUCCACAAGUGCCGCUGCCACUACGGGUAUUCGCCACGAGAGCGCGAUUCUGAGGGAUUGCCCCAAAUGUACCGCAUUGGAUAUGCUUUGCGGCUCGUGUGUAUCGCCCUUAUUCCUUGCAACUCAUCUCAGGGAGAGUGACUGGGCCGCAUUCCAAUUCUGUCUGCAACAUUUCGUACGAAUUCAUGCUGAAGGAUUUCCGUUUCUGCAUUGCUCUUCUUGGAGGGUUGAUUGGGUGAAAUCCGGCAAGGUGUUCGCAAUGGCGGCGGUUGGCGGUCGCUGGAUUGCUCCAUACGCCGAGCUCUCGAGGCUUUGCUUUCAGAUGGCAGUUGACCACCUGGAGGAAUCCACCGCAUCCAUCCGAGACGCGCCAUAUACAGAAAGAUUGGAUGACAGCCUUCACAGAAGACGCAUUAUGAUUUUCGAAACUCGCAUUUUGUUAAUCGAAUAUAGCGUAUGGUCUCAUGACAGUGAGCUUCGAGAAUGGGGGUUGAAGACGCUUGCAAACGAAGCUAUUACGAUGGUACCUACACUCACCAAUGCAAUUACCUAUAAGUUGCCCCCACGCAACUGGCUGGAAUGGGUUCUCCUGGAAGAGUCUAAGCGCGCGUUGUGGUGUUUUUACUGUCUGGUGAUCAAAAGCAGACAUUUUCUACAUCAUCCUGUGUCAGCCCCCGAGACCAUUACAACCAUGGACCUGCCCUGUCCUGAUAUUCUCUUUGAAGCUCCAAAUCAGCAACUGUGGAGAGAACGGAAAGACUGCUGCCUGUAUCAGUCAAUGGGAUCCCCGCCGUUUCGCAAAACAUUCUAUCAGCUCAUGUCAGUAGACCUAAUGUGCCAGCCGGUUGUCGAUGAGGCAGCCAAAUAUAGCAGCCAUAUCCUACUCUGUAGCUUGUGGGACGCUUUCCAAAAUGGAACUACCAUAGCAUGCAAUUUUACUACGAUGGAUGCCUACUUAGAGCGAGAUAUGUCUCGCUUUCGGCUACGUGCUGAUCUAUCACGCGCCUUGGAACAUUGGAAGGCCCUGUUCUGGCGGGAUCCGUACGAUCUCUGGCACUCCCACCGCCCGGAUUAUAAGUUUAAUAGCGUUAUGCUCUCCGUCUACAUCGAGUCCCAGGAGUGGAGCUGUCCCGGUGCCCAUCCUCUCCGUCCAUCAUACCGUCGUGUGGCAGCCCAACUCGCUCUUAAUAUCUUGUCCAGCAUUUCGUUUUGUGGGUUCUUGGAGGUUGGAGCGAGGAGCCCUUUAUAUGUCGAACGGAUCGCCUAUUUUUGUACUUCUGGCCUUGCUUUGGCAAUGCUCGCCUGGCUGGAUGAGAUUGAUGGUCAUCUCAACGACGAUUGUCUGCCCAGUGAAGACAGGGUUAUCUACGAAAAGCUUCUUGAUUGCUUGAAGCGCGUCCCAGGAUCUUCGAAUCUUUUUGGGUCAGGCUUCAAGUACCCACCCGCCAAUCGGGUUCGGGAAGCAGUAGUUAAAGUGUGGGUGCUAGUUACGGGUGAUGGGGAGUGGGUGGGUAAACUGAGCCGGUCAACAUAA